CAUUAAAUAAAAUUCAUCGUGAUGAUUUAUUACAUGUUUUUCAACUCUAUCCUGAUUUUGCACAAUCAUUUGCAGAACGAUUUCGAGUUACAUUUGAUCUUCGACAAUGUGAACUAAAUGAAUCAAAACCAUUUUAUAAAUUAGAUGAUGAAAUUCAAACACUUAUUCGACAGCAUCGUCCAAAAUUACAAACUGAUCGACAAUUAAGUUUAUUAAGUCAACAUGAAGAAGCCAAUAGACUUGCUGCAUUACAUUCAUAUCGUGGUGUUCGCAUGAGUCUCGAUGGUGGUAGACGACGACCUAUAAGUACUAUUGUUGAAUUAUCACCUGAUCAAGCAAAUACAUCUUCUGAAGAUUUGCAAUUUGGUCAAGAAGUACCAAGAAUGUCAUUAACACCUUUAGCUCAGGGAACAUUGACAAAUGUUUUUUCAACAAUUGUUGCCAUGUCAAAAAGAGCUAAAACUAAUAUUGUAACUUUUCAAGAAGAAGAAGAAGAAGAAAAAGAACAAGAGAAAUUACCACUAACAACUGAAACAAAUUUUGUAACAGAAAAAAUAAAAUCAAUGCGAAAAUAUGAAACAGGUCCAAUACGAAGUAUGGCAGAUGUUGAUGCAGAAUUAUCUCUUCUGCAAAGUCGUUUUGAUUGUCUAGAACGAACGAUAGAUGAUAAAAUGAAACUAUUAUUCGAUUUUGCAAAUAAUAUUUCAAUAACUAAUAAUAAUCAUCAAUCUAGUAAUCUCAAUCAAACAAAUGAUACAAAAGAUAAUAAAAAUCGUUUUGGUAAUUGA